CGGAGAUUUGCAAAUGGCAAUUGACGAUCAAGUACAAACAAAGAGCAGUCCCAGGGCAUCGGAUGGUUACGUUUACGACCAAUAUCACACAUAUGAUGAUAUUAAUAGCUGGACAUUCGACAGAGCAAACGAGAAUCCAAGUUUGGUGACUAGAAAUGUAAUUGGAACAAGCUGGGAAGGCAGACAGAUUCCAAUGCUCACACUCCAAACUGCCUCUGACAAUCCAGCCAUUCUCGUUGAUUGUGGAUUUCAUGCUCGUGAAUGGAUCUCUCCAGCUUUUUGCCAAUGCUACGUUCGACAGUUGAUGGAUGAAUAUGAAUCUUCAUCUUCCACAUCAGUAUUGAAUAAACUAACCAUUCACGUGAUUCCUGUGGUCAACGUUGACGGUUAUCAAUAUACGUGGACUAAUGACAGACUGUGGAGAAAAACUCGCUCUAAACGCGCAGGAAGUGUUUGCUACGGUGUUGAUCCAAACAGAAACUGUGAUGCAAGAUGGUCAGGACCAGGAUCAUCAGGAUCCCCUUGCUCUGAAACAUACUACGGACCUGAGAAAGAAUCUGAACCCGAAGUGUACGCCGUGGCAGAAUUCAUUCGAAAUAAUAUUGGUUCACUGAAAGCAUACGUCACAUUCCACGCAUACGGACAGAUGAUCCUUUAUCCGUACUCCUACACGACAGAUCUGGCUGCUACUAAUGACAAUUUGGACUAUUACGCGGUUCAAGCUUAUCAGGCUGUCAAAUCUGCAUACAACACGCGCUAUAUUUACGGACCAGGAGCUGAAACUAUCUACUUGGCAGCAGGAGGUUCCGAUGACUUUGCAUACGAUGCAGGAGUCCCACUUUCCUACACUAUCGAACUCCGGGACAAAGGUAAAGACGGCUUCAUUCUUCCUCCAGAUCAGAUCGCACCAGUCUGUGUGGAGACGUUUAAUCUGAUGAAAGUAAUGCAUCAAGGCGCACUAGACAUUGACGCGGGCAUCAUUGAUCCAGUGCAAUAAACAAGAAUGAAUUGUUGUGUAAUUAUCAUAUAAUUGAUUUGAUAUUAAUGAAUAUCGAUACAAAU